GUCGAAUUCGAAAAUCUCUGGGUUGACCUCUCCCCCCAUUGCUGAAUCUGAUAAACCUGAUUAGGUUCGCCCGCCGCCUGUGCUUCAGCUGACACUGCUGGCAAUGGUUACCAGCGAUUCUUAGAUCUUUGAAUGUUAGAUCGGGAGCAUUACAUGAUUGUUUUUUCGCGCUCAUCUCGCAACGAUCGGGUCAUGUCGAUCUGUGGAGGAUAUUUGUACCGCAAGAUGAAAUCACCUAUUUCCUAUACCUUAUUAAGGAAUUCAUGGGGAGGGUUUCACAGGGGUUAUUUCUGCACAUCAAAUCCAUCUUUUCUUACAAGGCAGAUUUUUGUUUCACGCAUUGCUAAAUAUCUUUGUCCAAAUAAGAUUGCUUGGAAAUCUAUUUUAUCAACAUCAUAUUCAACUUUAGAUUCGCUGUUUUGGGGAUUCAACAUGCGUGAAAUGCAUGGAUUAGAAAGGUGGCAACCUAUCAGAUACAGAAGCAAUGCUAUAGUGACGGUUGACACUGCUAAUAAUGUGGCCAGAUUUUGUAUAGAUGAACAAAUUGAAAAAAAAGGAGUUCAACAAAAAGGAAUGAAGAAGGUAAAGAAGAAAAUGUCCCGAAAAGCAAAACUUAAUGAAUUGAAAUGGUAUCGCUUAAAAGCUAAGAAGAAGAUGAAAUCUCCAAAUCCAGAAGUUAGGAUUCGGUACAAACUCGAUAAGGCUAAAAGAAAAGAAGAGUGGCUGAUUGAGAAACUGCGGAAGUUUGAGAUGCCAAAAGCCCCCGAACCAGAACAUGACCCUGAAAUUCUUACAGAGGAGGAGAAGUUUUACCUUAAACGAACUGGUGAAAAGAAGAAGAAUUAUGUUCCUUUAGGAAGACGAGGAGUUUUUGGAGGUGUAGUUCUAAAUAUGCAUCUCCACUGGAAGAACCAUGAGACUGUUAAAGUAAUUUGCAAGCCUUGCAGGCCUGGUCAGGUCUAUGAAUAUGCAAAGGAGCUAACCCGGCUAAGCAAAGGCACUGUGAUUGAUAUUAAAGCAGAUAAUACUAUACUCUUUUAUCGGGGAAAGAACUACGAGCGACCAGAGGUUAUGUCGCCUCCUGAUACUCUCUCUAAACAGAAGGCUUUAGAUAAGUAUAAGUUUGAACAAUCACUUGAACACACAGGCCAGUUCAUCGAGAAGUUGGAGAAAGAGCUAGAAGAUUAUCAUAAGCACAUUGCUGUGUACAAGAACUUGCAUGGAACUUUCUCAGACAGCCUUACAGCUAUUGAGUAGUGGUUCUGCCUUUUUUGUUAAGGCGAAUGUGUACCACUGCAUAGCUUAAGCUUGAUCCAUAAAUAUUGGUUUAAGCUGAGAACAAGCCAAAAAUAUCAAAUAUUCUUCGUGUAUUCCAUCAUAACUUAACUGGAACAAGAA